AUGGCAAAAGACGAGGUCGAUACUGCGGAACUCGAAGCGUUGCUGUUUCAUUCCGUCCAAGUGUACCUGAACGCGAACAGGUGCGUGCGCGGAAAACUCAGCGGUUUUGAUCACUACGCGAACCUGGUGCUGUCGGAUGCUCUAGACUGCCGAACGGGUGCGCAACUCGGUCAGGUUUGGAUCCGAGGCAACAGUGUCGUUUCAGUGGACCUGCUUCGGGAUGUGAACGCAGACCGCACGGAGCCACCGACCGGCACCGGCUCUGUAGCCGAUGACCCCGUGGGUUCUUCGCUUAGCAGCUGA